AAAUCAGUGGCCAGUAUGAGGAGCUUCCGUUUCUUGGCCUUCGUCGCCGUCGCGCUGGUGGCGGUGUCGGCGCCAUUGGCGUCGGCGAAGCUGAGGCAGAACUACUACGCCAACGUCUGCCCGAACCUGGAGAACAUCGUCCGCGGCUCCGUCCAGAGGUCGAUGCAGCAGUCGCCGAUCUCGGCGCCGGCGACGCUGAGGCUCUUCUUCCACGACUGCGCCGUCCAAGGGUGCGACGCGUCGAUCCUGAUCAUAAAACCCAACGGCGACGACGAGUGGCACAACACCGACAACCAGUCGCUGAAGCCGGAGGGGUUCCUGACGGUGAUGGCCGCCAAGGCGGCGGUCGACAGCGUCCCCCAGUGCCGGAACAAGGUGUCGUGCGCCGACAUCCUGGCCCUCGCCACUAGGGACUCCGUCUUCCUGAGCGGAGGACCGAACUACGCGGUGGAGCUUGGCAGGUUCGACAGCAGGGUGUCGACCAAGAACAGCGUCAACCUGCCGCACGGAAACUUCAACCUCGACCAGCUCACCGGCUACUUCGGCAGCCUCGGCCUCAGCCGGACCGACAUGAUCGCUCUCUCCGGGGGUCACACCAUCGGCGCGGCGUCGUGCGGCUUCUUCGGGUACAGGCUCGGCGGCGACCCGACCAUGGACCCGAACUUCGCGAACAUGCUGCGCGGCACCUGCCGCGCCAACCCGGCCGGCGGCUUCGCGUUCCUCGACGGCGCGUCGCCGCUGCGGUUCGACAACGCGUUCUACCAGAACCUCCGCACCGGCCGCGGCCUCCUCGGCUCCGACCAGACGCUCUACUCCGACACGAGGUCGCGCGGCCUCGUCGACCUCUACGCCGGCAACCAGGGCGCCUUCUUCAAGGACUUCGUCACCGCCAUGACCAAGCUCGGCAGGGUCGGCGUCAAGUCGGCGGCCAACGGCGAGAUCCGCCGCGACUGCAGGUUCCCCAACUGAGCUCCGGCCACCCGAUCUUGUAACGCGUGACGUGAUCUUCUUCUACCUCGAGGCGGUGCAGCCACUGCAGGAUGCAUGUUCUUCGGGACAAUUGGCGCUGGGGUGACAAUUUCUUUUGGAUUUGGAAAAACAAUA